ACAUUCUCCUUCUUAUAGACUCAGGAAGCAAUCAUGGUGCUCUCUGCAGAUGACAAAACCAACAUCAAGAACUGCUGGGGGAAGAUUGGUGGCCAUGGUGGUGAAUAUGGCGAGGAGGCCCUACAGAGGAUGUUCGCUGCCUUCCCCACCACCAAGACCUACUUCUCUCACAUUGAUGUAAGCCCCGGCUCUGCCCAGGUCAAGGCUCACGGCAAGAAGGUUGCUGAUGCCUUGGCCAAAGCUGCAGACCACGUCGAAGACCUGCCUGGUGCCCUGUCCACUCUGAGCGACCUGCAUGCCCACAAACUGCGUGUGGAUCCUGUCAACUUCAAGUUCCUGAGCCACUGCCUGCUGGUGACCUUGGCUUGCCACCACCCUGGAGAUUUCACACCCGCCAUGCACGCCUCUCUGGACAAAUUCCUUGCCUCUGUGAGCACUGUGCUGACCUCCAAGUACCGUUAAGCCGCCUCCUGCCGGGCUUGCCUUCUGACCAGGCCCUUCUUCCCUCCCUUGCACCUAUACCUCUUGGUCUUUGAAUAAAGCCUGAGUAGGAAGCA